ACUGGUUUAGCUCUCAGUUACAGCAGCCAGGCUCAAAGCCACAAGUGACAGGAUGAAAAGUUCGCUGUUAGACUUGCUGUUUUUUCUCCUUGAUAAAAUAUCAUUGGUCUCCAACUUGAAGCUCUUUAGCAUGCCAGAACAGGCUCAGAGAGAAUCCCAUUCCCAGGAUGCAUCCUUUUUUAAACGAGGAGACUUGUUAGAGGUCCCCAGGACUCUGUUUGUUCACUUUGGGAUCUACUUGGGAAAUAACAAGGUUGCCCAUCUGAUGCCUGAUAUCUUGCCUGCUAUUUCAGACGACGAGUGUCUGAUUGGAAAAGUCGUCACCAACAAAAGGCUGAUCCUGGGUGUCCUGGCUAAAGUGGCCAGUAUAAGAGUGGACACUGUGCAGGACUUUGCCUAUGGUGGAAGUAUAAUGGUUAAUCACAUGGACAAAAGUUUCAAGACAAAACCUCUUUCUAAUGAAGAAGUGGCUCAGAGGGCUGAGAAACUGGUGGGGGUCACAUCAUACAGCCUGCUGUGGGACAACUGCGAGCACUUUGUCACUUAUUGCCGAUACGGGUUUCCAAUGAGCUUUCAAACUGAUAAGUUUUGUGAGAUCGUAAAGAGGAUUAUCAGAGAUCAGAGAAGUGUGUUCGUUUCUGCUGCUUCAGGACUCCUGUUAACACUAUGCCUGGGCCUGCACCCUUCAACAACCCUGCUUUGUUUCUUUAUCACCUUCACACUGUGGAUGGCAAGCUAGAUGCGGUGUCACCGGCAAACUGUAAAUAGUGCAUCAUGUGAAAUAAUGUAUUUAUAAUGUAUCUAUUAAUGUGAUGUCAUGUAAUAUUUACACUCAUAUGUGGUUUGUACAAAGAUGUUACAUUGUAAU